UUGUUCUUUUUAUUGGUUGACGUUCUUGAGUAAGGAGGUUUUCCUCGUAAAAUGUCGUCUAAAGUAUCUCGUGAUACAUUGUACGAGUGCGUCAAUGCCGUACUCCAAAAUUCAAAGGACAAGAAACGUAAUUUCUUGGAGACUGUCGAAUUGCAAAUCGGCCUGAAGAACUAUGAUCCCCAGAAGGACAAGCGUUUCUCCGGCACCGUCAAGCUGAAGUACAUCCCUAGGCCUAAGAUGCAGGUGUGUGUCCUGGGAGACCAGCAGCACUGUGAUGAAGCCAAGGCGGCUGAUGUACCAUGCAUGGAUGCUGAAGCCCUGAAAAAACUUAACAAGAACAAGAAGCUUGUUAAGAAACUAGCCAAGAAGUAUGAUGCAUUCCUUGCUUCCGAGUCCCUCAUCAAGCAGAUUCCCCGUCUGCUGGGUCCUGGUCUGAACAAGGCCGGCAAGUUCCCUGGUCUGCUCUCCCACCAGGAGUCCAUGUCCAUGAAGAUUGAUGAGGUCAAGGCCACCAUCAAGUUCCAGAUGAAGAAGGUUCUCUGCUUGUCUGUAGCUGUUGGCCACGUGGACAUGACCCCCGAUGAGCUGGCACAGAACGUGCAUCUCUCCAUCAACUUCCUGGUGUCCCUGCUGAAGAAGCACUGGCAGAACGUCAGGUCUCUUCACAUGAAGUCUACCAUGGGACCCCCCCAGAGAUUGUACUAAGCUGACGUAAUAAAUUUAUUGAUAAAA